CCCUUUCUGAGAACAGUAAAAGGAAACUAAAUUUGUCUCUUCCCUGCAGAAGCAGCUAUGGCUGCUGCGAAUCCAGCAAAAAUGCUUCUAGGUGAACUGGCUUGUUCGGUGUGUCUAGAUUAUUUUAAAGAUCCAGUGUGUCUAGAUUGUGGGCACCAUUUCUGCCAAGCCUGCAUCACUCAGUGCUGGGAGGCAUUGAGUACAAACUUCCACUGUCCUGAGUGCAGAAAAACCUUUUCCCAGAGAAACUUCAAACCAAACAGACAGCUAAGGAAUAUUGUAGAAGCUUCCAGAAAACUUACACUGGAGUCAACAAAAGAACCAGAAGUUGAGAGAGUGUGUGAAAAACACAAGAGGGCUUUAGAUGUCUUCUGCCAAGUGGAAGAAAUGCCCAUUUGUAUGGUUUGCCAUCUGCUCCAAGAUCACAGAGAACACACUGUGGUUCCCAUAGAGGAGGCUGCUGAGGAUUACAAGGACCAAAUUCGGAGCCGUUUGGAGAUUUUGAAGAAAGGGAGAGAAGAGAUUGGGUCAUUUAAAUUGAGUGAGGAAAAUAAAAACCAUGAACUGCUGAAAGAGCUGGAAACUGAGAAGCAGAAGAUUGUGUCUGAAUUUCAGCAAUUGAGCCAGUUUGUGAAGGAACAAGAGCAACUCCUGCUGGCCCAGUUGGAAGAGCUGAAUAAGGAAAUUGAAAAGCGGAGGGAUGAAUAUGUUGCCAAGUUAUCUGAGGAAAUAUCUUCUUUCAGUUCCCUGAUCCGGGAGAUGGAGCAGAAGUGCCAGCAGCCAGCGAGGGAAUUCCUGCAGGACAUCAAAGGCACCUUGAGCAGAUGUGAGAGGGAGAAGUUUCAGAACCCAGUGGCCUUUUCUUCUGACCUGAAAUGGAGAAUCUGGGAAUCUUCUCAAAGACAUGCAUCUCUGGAGACCAUAAUGAAGAAAUUCAAAGACUCACUGUCGUCUAGACGGCGGUUGGACAAAGCGAACGUGACUCUGGAUCCAGACACGGCCCAUCCCGACCUCAUCCUGUCUGCGGAUCGGAGAAGUGUGAGAAGGGGAGACACAUGGCAGGACCUGCCCGACAACCCUGAGAGAUUUGACACUGAGCUCUGUGUGCUGGGCUGUGAGGGAUUCACCUCAGGCAGACAUUACUGGGAGAUAGAGAGAAAGGAAGGUGAAGUCUGUAUUGUGGGGGUGGCCAGAGAGUCUGUCAGCAGGAAGGGAGAUAUCGAUUUUAACCCUGAGCAGGGGAUCUGGGCUGUGCUGUGCAAUGAGGAUCAGUACUGGGCUCUCACAUCCCCUGAUGAUCUCAGCCCCUUGUCCUUGAGCCAGGCACCCUGCAGGAUCCGGGUGUAUCUGGACUAUGAACAGGGGCGGGUGGCGUUUUUCGAUGCCGGUACCGGGGACCCGAUCUUCACUUUCCCGCCAGCCUCUUUCGCCGGGGAGAGAAUCCGCCCGCUCUUCUCUGGCCCGUUGCUUUUCAUUUCCCUUUCCUCCCUCCCGGGCCCAUGCUCUUAGUGUGGGGUUCACACCGUGUCCCUGAGGUGCCCUGUCUGUGCCCGUGAAACAGGCUCCUCUCGCCCCCACCCUCCUGAUCUCUAUGACCCUGGAGGACUCCGUCAGUCUCCCGCCGCACAGACAGGGCUGAAGGGGGGUGACUCUCUACCCG